UUGAGAGAGGUUGACAUUAGACAAGAUACUGAGGACUUAGAGUGAUAAAAGGAAAACACUAGAGCAGAACAGGAGGAGUGAGGUUGCAUAAGCCACAAUGAGAACAUUACAUUCUCCUACGCUAUUGCUGCCGGUUCUGCUGCUGUGGGCUGUGUGUAGCAUUUCUGAGAUUCAGGCUGAGGUAACAACUGUUAAGCUGUGUGGCCGAGAGUUCAUCCGUGCAGUUGUCUACACCUGUGGGGGCUCCAGGUGGAGGAGGCUGAGCAGUCAGCAGGAUAUGGAAGUGCUUUUUAAUGGAGAUCCGAGCAGUGCUGAGGAUUUUAAUGAGAGUCUGGGGCCUGAUCUGUCCAGGCGAGACCUGAAUCUUGUGCUGAACAACAGGUGUUGUCUUGUUGGCUGCAAGAAAAGUGAUCUCUCGAAUCUCUGCUGAGAACUGAAUCUUUAUUUUUCUAAAUGUUUUCUUUGUGUUCUUUAUUUUUUUUCUUUUCCAUGUUCAGUUCUCUCUCACACAAGCUGAAUAUGAGGGCUUCUCAUUGAAUUGUGUGUACAGCCAGUUUUAAUUAAUAUAAUGUGUCUGCCAGUAUAUUAAUCUUAUUUACAAAUAACUAAUUCUGGAUAAGAUCAUCUACACUUGUGCCCUAAACUGCACUAGAAAAGGAGUGGUUUAAUUCCAACACCAGUGACAUUGCAUGUUGAGGUGGAAAGAAGUAAUCAUUUAUUUUAUUUUUUAUUUGUAAUUUGCAUUUUGCAAAUGUUGUCAAUAAAUGUUAUCG